AUGAGUGGAUUCCCAGGUGAUUUGAACGAUGAUCAGAAGAAGACUUUGGAGGAGUUUAAGACGAGAUUGACGAAUGAUAAGAAUGACUUGAGAACAAAGUUGGGUUUGACAGAGGACAACAACAACAACAAACAUGUUGUGUUGUGGACUGUCGACAUGGAGGAGGACAGUGCUCAACGUGAUAUUGUCUGCUUGAAAUUCUUGCGAGCACGUGACUUUAAGUUGGAGCAGUCGUACGAGAUGUUCAAGAAGUGUCUUGCGUGGCGCAAGGAGUUCAACAUCGAGUCGUUGUCAUCGGAGCAGUUCCCCGACUACUACGCAAAGAUUGGAGAGAUAUACAGGACCGACAAGGAGGGCCGUCCCGUGAUGUUCAACUACUACUGCAACAUUGACGUGGACACCGUCUUCAAGGACGGCGUCACUCAGUUCCUGCGCUGGAAGGUGGCCCAAAUGGAGUCGGCGAUCGCCCAGCUUGCCGCGGGCGGCUGGUCACAGGAGAACAUGGUCGUUGUGCACGACUACAAGGACGUCUCGAUGCUCGGCAUGGACAAGCGCACCAAGCAGGCAAGCCGCGAGACCAUCCAAUUGUUGCAGGACAACUACCCAGAGAUGUUGGCGCGCAAGUUCUUCAUCAACGUGCCCUGGUUCUUUGAGAAGCUGUAUGGCUUCUUUACGGCCUUCUCCAACGAGCGCACCAGAAAGAAGUUCAUCGUCUGCGGCAACAAGACAUACAGGAAGGAGCUGCUCCAGUUCAUCGAUGCCGAGUCGUUGCCCACCAAGUACGGCGGCAUGAGCACGGAGGAGUCCAACAAGAUUGAAUGUGCUAUCAUCAAGGCCAAGGACGCACUGCGCGUCGAUCUUGGCGAGCUUCAGUCCGAACAGAUGAUUGAAUGGGAGUUCAUCUGCGAGUCCAUGGACAUUGGAUUUGGAAUUGAGAAGGCGGCCAACCCAGCACCAUCAUCACCAACUUCAUCAUCCGACACGCCAACCUCACCGGGCAAAUCAAGAAAGCAAGCCGCUGGCAAUGUCACUGUACUGGACAUUGCUCAACAUGAAUACAACGCUGGAUCUUACAAGGUUGAUGAGGCAGGUCGUUAUAUAUUCGUACUGGACAACACCUAUUCAAUCUUCAACAAAAAGUCGGUUCACUAUCGCGUGGCAGUUAAGGAGCAUGACUCCAAUCCUGUUGCCCCUGCCGCUGCACCAUCCACCACAUCAACCACUACUACUACAACUCAAUCAUCUGAUCCAGCACCUUCCACGACGACCAUCCCGGAGACAUCAACCACAACAACAACGACAACAGCUGCUGAUGCCGCUGAGACAACAACCUCCAAUCAAACAAAGGAGGAGACAACGACAGUGCCCUCUUCAACUCCAGCUGAGGCCACAACUGAGCCAACAACAACCGAGGCUCCAACUUCAGAAGUCCCAUCAGCAACAGUUACCGAGGAGGUCCCAAAGACAGAAGAGGAGACCAAGAGCGAACAAUAA